AUGAGCUACGCCAAUGACGAGGAACAACGCCGGUCGUACCAUGUCGGCUUCGGUCCUUUGGCGCAUGUCAACACCGCCGAGACGCAGCUUCCUGCCUUCGGUGGUGAGAUGCAACCGGGUCUCUACCGGUCAGUGAAGCAUCGUAAAAUCGCAAACCCGGCGCCUCUGGGCCUCUGCGCUUUCGCUUUGACCACCUUUAUUCUGGGAUUGGCCAAUAUGCAGGCGCGUGAUAUCACGGAGCCGAACAUUGUCGUGGGAUCGGCCUUUGCAUAUGGUGGUUUGGUGCAGCUAUUGGCUGGCAUGUGGGAAAUGGCCGCCGGAAAUACGUUCGGUGCCACCGCGUUGUCCUCGUACGGUGGAUUCUGGAUUUCUAUGGCCAUCGUCUUCACGCCUGGCGGGUUCAGUAUCCAAAAGUCACUGAUCGAAGCGGACAAUGGAGGAAUGGGAAUGUUCUAUGACUCCCUGGGUCUGUUCCUUAUGGGCUGGUUCAUAUUCACCUUCCUCCUUCUCACCUGCACCGUCAAGUCUACUGUGACAUUCUUCUCGCUCUUCCUGUCUCUCGAUCUGGCGUUCCUGCUGCUCGGUAUCGGGUACAUCCGCCGCGACGCCAUGGAUGCCCCCAACACGCCCAUCAUCAAGGCCGGUGGGUUCUUCGCGCUGCUGGCGGCGUUCUUGGCGUGGUAUAUUGCCCUGGCGGGUAUUGCGGACGAUAGUAACAGUUUCUUCAUUAUUCCCGUUUUCCACUUCCCCUGGUCUGAGAAGGGUAGGAAGGGGAAGAAGAAUGCUUAG